CUUCCAUGUUAGAGGACGAUCUACAAAGGCUAGAGUUACAAGAAAUACGAGGAAGGUCAUAUAACGCCCGUCAACGCCUGGGGAGCUAUUGGUUUUGGGUAUAAAAGCCCCUUGAUUUUUGUCGACGGUACGGGCAAGAAGGGGGCCUUUAAACAGGUCGAUUACUUAGCACAAGUUCUCAACUACUUACAACCAAUACUCGACGCCUUUGCCCUUAUUACUCACCAAUUACGACCGGCGGUAGAACCCUUGUUUAUGGAAGACGGCAAUUCAGCUUACGGUCACAAGUCUAUAUCGAAUUGCUGUGUACGAUACCGUUCAAAGCAUAGAAUCGUCCUUCUACAUUAUCCUUCUAUAUCUCCUGAUAUGAACCCUAUUGAGAAAUGCUGGCGAUGGAUUAAACAAGCUCUCCAUCGACGAUACCACCAACCUAUAACUGAGGCAGAGAUGAGGCAGGCAGUACUAGUGGAGUGGGAGGCAAUACCACAGGAAUGGAUAAGUGAGCUGAUUUUAAAGCAAGAGCAUUGGGUACAAGUACUUAUGCAGCGGCACGGGUGGUCAACUCCUAAUUAAAC